ACACCCCUCCCACGCCCGUCUUCCUCCGAACAGGAAGCGGAAGUGACGUCCUGUCUCCUGUAGUGAGUAGAGAGCCGGGAAGAGAGAGAGGGGGGGAAGGGCCGGGCCCGGGAGCCGGAGGGAGCCGCGGAGCUGCCGCCACCGCCACCGUUCCCGCUACCGGGACCCCAGGGGGCAAGAUGGCUGAAAUCAGUGACCUGGACCGUCAGAUUGAACAGCUGCGGCGCUGUGAACUCAUCAAAGAGAGUGAGGUCAAAGCCCUUUGUGCCAAGGCCAGAGAGAUCUUGGUGGAAGAAAGCAAUGUCCAGAGAGUAGAUUCCCCAGUAACAGUCUGUGGAGAUAUCCAUGGCCAAUUCUAUGAUCUUAAAGAACUUUUCAGGGUGGGAGGUGAUGUGCCUGAGACCAACUAUCUGUUCAUGGGAGACUUUGUUGACCGUGGAUUCUACAGUGUCGAAACAUUCUUGCUAUUGCUAGCGCUCAAGGUCCGCUACCCUGACCGAAUCACCCUGAUUCGUGGCAACCAUGAAAGCAGACAGAUCACUCAAGUAUAUGGCUUUUAUGAUGAAUGCCUGAGGAAAUAUGGCUCUGUCACUGUGUGGCGCUAUUGCACUGAGAUCUUUGACUACCUCAGCCUCUCUGCCAUUAUUGAUGGGAAGAUUUUCUGUGUCCAUGGUGGAUUAUCCCCAUCCAUCCAGACGCUGGAUCAGAUACGAACGAUAGAUCGCAAACAAGAGGUUCCUCAUGAUGGCCCCAUGUGUGAUCUUCUUUGGUCUGACCCUGAAGACACUACAGGCUGGGGGGUUAGCCCUCGAGGUGCUGGCUACUUAUUCGGCAGUGAUGUGGUGGCCCAGUUCAACGCAGCAAAUGACAUUGACAUGAUUUGUCGAGCACAUCAGCUGGUCAUGGAGGGGUACAAGUGGCACUUCAAUGAGACAGUUCUUACCGUAUGGUCGGCUCCCAACUACUGCUACCGCUGUGGGAAUGUGGCAGCCAUAUUGGAACUGGAUGAACAUCUCCAGAAAGAAUUUAUCAUCUUUGAAGCAGCUCCUCAAGAAACCCGGGGCAUCCCAUCUAAGAAACCGGUUGCGGACUACUUCCUGUGAAUCCAUCUCUCAUCUCCCCCUGUGCGGCUUCUGUUUUCUAUCUUGGCUGGGAUGGGCAGCCUCUUUCAAGUUUUUGGCAAGGUUCAGGUCUCUUCUCCCCAUGCCCGGUCUCCCUUCCCUUCCCCCACCUGCCCAAUAAACCCUCAGUUCUGGACUCUU